GGAACUAGUUGUGGUCUUCUAGGUACAUCAGCAACGUUUUAUUCUUAUUUUAGGACGGACAUGGAGGGGGCCGACGCCGCACCUGCAGCGACGCCCGGGCUUGGAAAGGGCAAAGGUAUCGGGAAGAAAGGUAAGAAAGCCGCGUUGCCAGCGGCCGAGGGUGAUGCUGCAGCUCCGACAACUGGAACACCCCCGGACGGCGCGGCCACAGCUGCAACCGUGUCGACGGAAGACGGUGCGUCAUCUAGUUUGAAGGGAGGGAAGAAAAAAGGGCUUGGAAAAAAGAGCGCUGGUCCACCACCAGAGGGCGAGAGCGCCACCCCUGCUGCCAGUGGCGACGCACAAACAACGGGAGCAGGAGAUCAACCUGCAGCAACAGCUCCUGCGGACGGGACGAAUGCGAUUCCCAGCGAGGCUGCACCGGCCGACGCGGGUGGCAAGGCGAAGGGUAAGGGCGCUCUGGGCAAAGGAGGAGCUGCGAAAGGACUGACAGCAAGUGCAUCAGCAUCUGCUACAACGUCGGGAAGUACUGGAUUUCAAAGUAGCACCAGUGGAUUGGGGAUGAAAGGCGGCAAAUAUGGUGCCCCAGUCAUAGACCUGGAAGAGACGGCGGGAAAGCUCCAGGAAAGGGUAAGUAACAAAUCUAAACUUUGGGUGUAGUGCACCUGCUUUCAUCCGGUACUUGCAAGGAAUCAAAUGGAAUGAGGUGCUUCUUCUGUAAAAAAGUUAGAGUAUCUUUUCAUCAACAAAAAUAUCAGUUUGAAGAAGUGUUCGCGUCCAAAUCCGACGCCGACCGGGUGAAAAAGGAACUAGAGACGCAGCGCGCACGGCUAGAGGCGCAGAAGCGCGCACUCGAAGCGCAAACGUCGCAGCUGCGACAGGUCCAGAGCUUUGAAACGAAGGAGGAGAACUGGCGCCAACGACUGCAGGCAGUGCAGCAAAGACUCGACGCGGUCACCGCGCGCGUGCACCACGAGGCUGGGGAUGCGUACGCACAGCGCCUAUUCGAGGACAAGCUGGAAGAUCAUCGACGGUUUUACGAAUUUCUGGAGGAAACCGUCCCAAAAAUUGUCCUUUUGUCCCGCUUGGAUUUGAAACUCGGAAGUCUAGAGCAAGCGGAAUCCGCCGAGGAUCUAGCACGACAGUUGAAAGCACAGGAGGACGCACGAAGAGAAAGCGCCGCGAGGGCGGAAAGAGGAGAUGGCGAUGAUGGUACGUAUUCAUUGUUUGACGUUGUAAGUACGUCUGUGCAGCAGAGCUAGCAAAGCACUAGAAGAUCGAUGAAGAUCAUCAGAUAUGAGACCGUUUAUCUCAUGAACAAACACAUAGAUACUCAUACACUAACACUUGCAGAUGAAUUCGAUGAAGACGGCAACCUUAUCAAGCCUGCGACGGCCUACAUGACUGUUGAGGAGCGCGCCGCUUUGCGCGAGGAGCGGCGACAGCGGGCGGGCGAAAAUUUUGGUUUUGGGUCCAGCGCGGCGCGUGGAGAUCUGGUCCCGGGCCUGAAAAAGUGGAAGCCGAAGAGCACGUCGCCGAAGUCCCUGAUCGUGCACUCCUCCGGGCGCAGUUUUCGCAGCCACUUUCCCACCCACCGGAUUGACCAGCCCACCCGGGUGCGCUUGGCGCACGAGCAGGCGCAACGCGACCACCGGGAGCGCUUGAUUCAAGCACGUAAGGAGGCCUUCGAAGCGCUUCCGCGGCGGGCACAGCUGGAGCAGCUUGCCGUCGAGGAGGAACGGUCCAAGCGGCGGGAGGAACGCCUCGCCGGGUUGCGGUCCCCGCGGUCGCGGUCCAACUCGCCGCCCCGGGAUUCGGCGGCCGAGCAAAGCCAGGAGCAGCUGUCCGCGGCCCCGGCGGCGCGCUCGCAACUGGACCAGUACAUUGCCCGGGCGGAUCGGACCGGGGCGCUCGCGUUCGGAUCCCCCGUGGUGCGGGAGAUCACGGAACAGAGCCAGGAGCGGCACAAACAGCGCAUGCAGAAGCCGUCGGGCCAGUCGCACUACGACUUGAUGCUGCAGCGCUACGUGCCAAAGUCGCCGUCACAGCGGAAGACGUCGAAAAAAGUGCAGCCAGAGGGACGAGUGCCGCAACACCUGCUAGAGGCGAAACACGUCGCGACGCACCCACUACUAGCGAAGGACAAGCCGGUAUGCUAUGGCUCAAAACUCUUCAAUAGAUCAACAUACUUCAAUACGUUCCUCCUUGCGACGGUUUGCAUCUCGUAGUUCAGUUUUUUUGUUGGUUCUGGAUUUUUGACAUUAGUGUCGUUCAUCUUUCAAUAAUUUCAUGCUCCGUGUCCGUGUCGCUUCAGGAUCCGACGAAGGCAGGCGCUGUUGCGAAAACCGUAUCGACUAUCACCACUCAUCCACCCGACGCGCCGGUCACCCGACUGACCGCCUCGGGGCGCACGCGCGGGUUCGACCGCAGCCAAGAAAGGAAAAUCUCCUUGCAAGAGACUCACGUCAGCAAUGCGAAGGAUAAGAUUGCGAAGCAGGUCGAGAAGCAUGCCGCGCAAAGUCUCCGCGGCCCUGACGCCAUUCGAUACUCGACAGCGCACAGUGAACGGGCCCCCAGCGCUGUGGACCGCGUGUCGGUAGGAUCGCGAAAGUCGAUUCCAAAAGCAGCGAUAAGGGACACUUUGAACAGGACCGCGUCAGGGUCCCGCGUAGAGCGCAUGAAAGUGCCCGGCUCUACUGCCGACACGAGUAGCGGGCCCUCGCAAGCGAAUAGGAGCAGCGGCGACGUUCUUCCCACGACAACAACGGCACAGAACAAACAAGUGCCACUUCGAACCUCGCGUGAGGCCUCGCUCCGAGGGUCCGGAACGGCUUCUAAUGGUGGCGAUGCGCGGUCUGGGUAUGCGCAAUCGGAACUCGCAGUCUCCUCCCUCGGCCGCCGUACAAGCGAGCCGUAUGGAGGCAGCAGGAAACAAACCCCGCAACCCUCCACCUACCAAGACGGUGCGAUCAGUGACGAAGCCGCGGUGAGCGAAGAGCGCGAAACGAUCGUCCGGGAAGACCCCUACGCCAGCCAGGACGAACUGAUGACGUUGGUGAACAAAGUGGACUUCUUGACCAUUCCCGAUGAGGAGGUGCCUGGGUCUCCUCUGGGCGGAUCCGUGGGGUUCGUGAACGAAGCCGGCGAGGUCGAAGUGCACCCGGAUUUCGGCGACAGUCCGGACGGCGCGGACAUGAAGAUGGUCCCCGUGAAGACAAGUCAGCAGAGUGCGUCGCAGGUACUGGGCCUAGGCCCGGGUCUGGAGCUGAGCGAGGUGGUUGCUGCAAGCAGUCUGGGGGGAAGGACGAGCAAGGACGCGGGCAGCAGCGUACAAAGAAUGUCGUCCAGUAAAGCAGCGAGCAACGAAACAGCGGAAUUCGAUGGUGAGUGUUUUCAGGAUGUUAGUGUCUUUUGAUGUUGGAUCGUUCCAUUUGCAUUCCUUCACUGGAUAGUUUGACUUUGGUAUUGCCAGGAGGUGUGUCGCGCGGGAAAGAUUCCACUUCAUCAAAAACAAACCAAGGUACAACUGAAGAUGUCUUCGGAGAGUACAUGUUGCAGGCUCGCAACGAGGCACGGCAGUCCAUGGCCCCCCAGUUGGCACCGCAGGAAGAGAAGGACUUUCGCGCGCAGGCACGGAGUUCCCGGAAGUCCCAGCGCGUCAGCGCGGUCGCCUUGCCGACCGGCAAGCGGCGAUCUGUUUCUACGGCCGGCCAACCGCAGCUCACGGAACAGGAACAAAUGCUGAACGCGGUAGCCGAGAACGUGGUCAGUGCCGCCGGGGACGCUGCGUUUUAUCGCCCAACAGAAAAUUUGGAAGAUCAAGAGGAUACUGAUGAAUUGGACCGAGUCGGGAAAAAGGGCCCUCCCCCAGCGUUCUACAAGACCGGAGACGAAAGUGCGGCGCUGAACAAGAUGGCUGGCGACGUGCUGCAGUCCGCCAUCAGCGGGGCGAAGAGGCGCGACUCCUCGAGAAACAACAAAACCUCCGUGUACGAGAAGAAGUUCGCGCACCGCGACGUGAACCCGAGAAGAAGCUCGCGCACGGAAGGGCAGCUGGCGAACGGCCAGAAGUGGAAGGAAACAGUGCGGCAAAGCGCGGCAACUGCAACGGGCAGUCGCGACGAAGUGAGCGCUGUUGUUAACCGGCUAUCUCGCGUUUCAACCACGUCAUCAAACGCAAAACCUGGAGGUGAAAUGAAAAAGGACAACAUGGCGCUUGACGCGUACGUCGCCGAGAGGUCGAAGUCCCCAGCUGCUCGUGCUGCCGAUAGCGUGCGAGAGCCUAGCGGCCGCCAGUCGAAGACUUUAGGGGAUUUUCUCGAGUAUCGAAAGAAAACGCCGCGCAGCGGGAGUGUUUCGGCGGACAGAGCCGCAGCGACGUCCACGGGGGAUAAUCGAAGUGUCACCCCGGUGGACCGAUUCCGCGCAGGGAUACGCAAGGUGGAGAACCAGAUCAAGCUGCGGGUCCUCGCCAAGCACAAUCAGGCCUACGACUACAAGCGCGAAGCCGGCGUCGCGCGGGUGGCGGCGGUCGCGCAUCACCACGAGAUUUCGCACGAACGGGAGAAGAUCACGCACGUGAAGACCGAUCGCGUCGAACGGAGGUUGAGCAACUCGACUCCGGACCAUGUCGUAGACGCGCUGGUUGCUGGUGACCAGGAUGCGUUGCACAACACGGUCGACCGUCGCAGUCGCGGCCCGCCCCGCAUGAAAGCGGCAGUCAACAAGGUGAAGCAGAUGCUGACGCUAACCGGCCCGCGGUCCACGCACUGGCAGGCGGAGGAUCACGACAAAGGGCACAAGGCCCCCGCGCUCACCUCCAGUGCCAGCGUGAUCGCGCAAAACUUCUCCCGCGCGUCGGCGGCUGCGAAGGCGCCGGCCGGAACCGCGAGCAUUGUGCGCACAUCCGGAUUCAAUGGCCGCGGGGGUUCAGCUUCCUUCGGGAGCGCGGCGCCAAAGCAAGGAGGAGAUGCUCCUCCGAUGGAUCGCGAAGAGGCACCGGUCAAAGCCGUCGAACGAGAAGCAGCAGAUCCUCUAGAACUAGCCGCUGACAUGAAAGCUAAUAAAGUUGCAGCUGCGUCCGGCGAUAGGACGAGUUUUGGCAUGAGUGGCGGAAAGGCGUCCGAAAUUCUGUCGGCGGAGGAUACGGCAGCAAUGCAGGCCUUGUUUGAAAAGCGCCAGAACAAGGUGCUAUCUGCGCGUGCCGCGGAUGCGGGCGACGGCUCGGCAUACAUCGCCGGGCCGUCGCAGGAUGUCAUCCUUGCGCCCCCAAGUGACGCAAUUUCCUUCAUGCCGGCGGCACGGGCGACGGCUCCGACGCCGCAACCUGCCCCGACGCCCCUGGUAGAUGCCAGAACCGUCAGUGGCAGCGGAGGUGCUGCGUCCAUCGCACUGUCCAACAACACGGGAGCGGGAGGACUGCGGAAUACCGCUGCGGCAUCGGUUGUGCAGACCGGGCGUGCGCUAGCAGCAGGUGCAGAAGGUGAGGAUCAGCCUGCCCGUGCAUCGCGAGCGCCACGGCGGCGCGAGACCCGCCACCCGCAAACACUUUCGAGCCAGUAAUAGAUAGUGCAUCCGAAAAGAGCGGGCUGAGACUUCUUGGGUUCGAAAUGUGCGUAUCAUUCUUCCUUGUCAAAUGCAUUUCAAUUGAUCAAUCUGUUGCAAAAAGUUUCUCUCUACGACCGACGCACCACUGCCACUGGAAUUGGUAUUGUGGACUCCUCGCAGCUUCUGUUUCAAAUCACAUUUGCAAAUUAGUUCGCGUUUCGUAUACAAAAUAUUCUUGGGCACCAUUGCCGUGCUACUGUAUUCAUCAUUUUAUUGAGUUUCAGACAGACGUACGUGGGUAAAUGAUCUGAAUCGCCCCGAUUGUGCUUGUCUAAGUGAAUCAAUCUUACUGUAUUUCAAGACCUUGCAGAAUAAGCGGAUCGCCGAGAAGAAGAAGAAAUCAAUCUGGAAUGAGGCGGCUCCAGCUGCUGGACACAGUGUCAAAAAUGUAGAUUAGCUUUCGCGGAAAUGAGUACGCUACUAUUGGCAUUGUCUGAUGACAAACUCUGUCUCUACUGUAGAAUGAAAAAGAUUGCGCGAUAUCGUGUCAGAGCAAC